AUGCUCGCCCGAGCCCGCGAGUCCCGCUCCAGCGCAGAACACGCCAUCGAAGAGGCGCCCGUUCCUCGACGAGUUCGCACUAAGCCCGAGUGUCGCUCGGCCACCCGGGGCCACGGUGCUGCGGCGGCCGCCGAAAGCGUUCGCGCCACGACCGACGUGCAGCGGCCCGAGGUGGUCGCGGCGGCGUCUGACGUCGGCCCCGUGUCGCCGGCCGCGGGUCUCCUGCUGGUGCCGGGCUCGCAGCGUUGGGAGGGUCUCCGCUACCUCGUCUACUGGGGCCUCGCCUCGGGCCUGCUGGUGCUCGUGCUAGGCCUGGUGGGCUUCAUAAGCCUGCCCUCGGUGCGAUGGGCGCCCUGGGAGUGGGGCUUCGGAGGCGCUGCCGCCGGAUCGGCGUCCGACGCCGGCGAAGACCCCGCGGCCAGACCGUUGGCGCAGCCGGCGCACAGGGCGCCUCCGAGGAGGCUCAAGCUGCAGGACGCGCCGACGGGCGGUGGAGCGGAGGGCGCUGCGUCGCCGGCGUGUUCGACCCCCGCGUGCGCCGAGCAGGCGUCUCGCAUCCAGGCCGAGCUGGAGUACUCGGUGGACCCGUGCGUGGACUUCUACCACUUCGUGUGCUCUCGCUGGAUCCAGCGGCACCCUGGCGGAGGCUCGGUCGACCUGCUCCAGCUGGAGUCCUACACCAGCCGCCUGGCCGACCUGCUCGAGAGGCCCUCGGAGCUAUUGCCCGAGAUGCAGCACUUCUUCGAAAACUGCCUCCGGCCGCAGGAGAACCUGUUCUCCGAGAUCCGCGCCACUUUCUUCUACCUGCUCGGAUUCCAGGAGUGGCCGUACCUGAGCUCCGCAGCGUCGUUCAUUGCACCGGACGAGGUGUCCUCCAAGAUCGGCGCCGUGUUUCGCGAGUUAGGCGUCGAGUCACUCUUCCGGUUCACGGUGGCGCCCGACCCGGACAAGCCGCGGCUCCGCUACUGGGCGCUGGACGAGCCCCGGCUGCUGUCGACCGGAGGAGAGGACGGCGCCUGGAUGGACGCCGCCUUCAAGGCGCUGCUGGAUUUCUACGGCAAGUUCUCGGACACCAACGUGUCUCGGCUGGAGCACGAGCUGAGCUCGCUGAUGGAGCGACCCGAGCUCGACCCCCUGGCGCUGUCUCGGUGCAAGACCAUGGCGCUGGUCGACCUGCCGUCUAUUGACUACCUGCGAUGGGCGCCCAUGCUGCGCAGCGCAUUCGGCACCGAAGACAUCUUCCCACAGGACCUGAUCAAGCUGGCGUGCCCCGGCUACGUCCUGGGUCUGUUCAACCGAGGCUCCCUGCCACGCGUCACCGACCUGCUCAACUAUGUGCUGUUCCGCAUUGUGGCUGCGCUGAGCCCGUUCAUGGCCAACGCCACACUGCGCGAUGCCAUGUCUCGCGCCUACGCCACGCCGGGCUCGGGGCCGCUCACGCCCCGGCAGCUGUGCGUGCGCCUGCUCGACAGAUUCGAGCCUGCGGUGCCGAUGUAUCUGGCGGCCAACAUGUCGCUCGCCUACCUCGGCGCCGAGGGAGACGUCCAGGAUCUACUCGAGGGACACCUGCAGGUGGUCUUCGAGAAGUACGUGGACGAAUUCUUCAAGUCCACUGGCGACUUCCGGACGUCGGCGCUGCAGACGCUGCGCGACAUGGGCUGGGACCUAGUGCGGCCGUCGGCCAUCGAGGACGAGGCGUUCAGGCGCCAGUACCUGGACGGCCUGUACACCAACAUGCCCAUGUCGCCGCUAGCCUACUUCUACUACUUCUGGCUCAAGAAGUCUGUGUCCCGCCAGCGCCGAAGCUUCGGCACGUCGGCGGCCGCAGCAGCCGUCGAUCAGUUGCGGACGGGCUGGACGGGCGGCUUCCUGUCCGCCUACCCUCGACUGGCGCCGCCCUUCCGUCGGCUCGAGAUCCCGCUGCCGGUCUUCAACAUGGCGCUGGGCGACGACCCCUCGGUGCGGCACCUGCAGAUACCGCGCGUGGCGCCGCGCGUCUACGCCGCCCUGCUGCGCUUUCUCUACCACAGCGCGCUCAACGCCAACGGCAACAGCAACCUGACCGAGGCGACCGAGGACGCGGCCGCCAUGUUCCAGCGGGUGCGCGUCUGCGUCGAAGAGCAGUACGCGCCGCUCAGGUCUUCCUCGGCUGGCGAAACGGACGCGGCGACUUCUUCGUCGUCGGUGCAGGACAUGCUUGACGUCCUGUCCGUUGUUCCGGCGUUCGAGGCGUACCGCGCGUACCUGACCGCCGACUUUCGGCUGCAGACGGCGGCCGAUCUCAACAGUCGGCAGCUGUUCUUCGUCUACUACGCAGCGUCGCACUGCGCUGACGAGGCACCGCGACGAGGUCGCAGUCCGGCCAGGCUCCGCGUCAACGGGCCGCUGCGAAACAUGCCUGAAUUCGCGGACGCCUUCAAGUGCCCCGUCGGUUCGUUCAUGAACCCGACCAAGGUGUGCGCCCUGUGA